AUGGCUGACGAACGAGGCACUAGGCUUCUUGCCUCUUGCUGGUCGUUGACCGCUGCGAGUGCCAUAUUGUUGUUUCUGCGCGUAUACUGCAAGUUAUGGCGCAGCAGAGGUCUGUGGUGGGACGACCACCUGCUGAUCAUUUCCUGGAUAUCCCUUGCUAUUGCAGUGUCUAUCAAUUCCUAUAUCGUCACUCUUGGGUUCGGCCAACACAUGUCGACGAUUAGUGACGAGAAUAUGAAAAAAAUCAACCUUAACACGAUUCUUGUUGCGGCUUUCGGGAUCAUCGCCACGACGACGAGCAAGACCUCCUUCGCUAUGACGCUAUACCGAAUCGCAACGAACAACUGGAUGAAAUAUUUUCUCAUUUUCGUGAUUGUAUCGAUCAACAUUUCCAUGAAUCUGGUCUGGAUAUUUGGCUUCGCGAAAUGUAGCCCCCCGGAGAAGGUUUGGGACGGGAAAGUGCCCGGCACAUGUUGGAAUAAGCAGAACCUGACAAAAUACCAACUAUUUGCCGCCUAUUACUCGGCAAUCCUGGAUUUCGUUUUAGCGUUCCUGCCCUGGAAGAUUCUAAUGGGGCUUACCAUGAGGAUGCGAGAGAAGCUUGGAGUCGCUCUCGCAAUGAGCUUGGGUGCUAUAGCUGGAAUUUGUGGAAUCGUGAAGGCCGUGCUGGUUGUGAACAUGACAAGUCCAGACAUCACUUAUGACCGUGUUGAUCUAACGAUUUGGACCCUCACGGAACCCGCGGCCUCAAUCAUGGCAGUUUGCAUUCCCGUCCUGAGAAUGCUAUACCAGGAGUUAAAAUCCAGCCAAAGAAGCUACUUUAGGAAUAAGUCCCAAUCCCAAUCGAACCCUCAGGGACCCGGCACUGGGAUAGAAUCUGGAUCGAAAUCCAAGAGACCUAGUCGCUACGGUCCUCCUUCGAAAUACGGUCGAAAUUCCGUCAUGAUUAUGUCAACGGCCGGUUGGCAGGAGUCCCAGGAGGCUCUUCAGGACGUUCUUCGAUCGAAGGCGUCUUCCAUGGGCGGUGUCAUGAAAACCCAGGAAGUGAGGGUUGUCAGUGAACGGUCUUCAAGUGAGGAGAAUUCAAUAGAGUUGAAAGCUUUGGCGUCGGUCCAUUCAAAAGAUCAUGGCAAGAGUGCCGGCAAGGAUGAUACCCAAUAG